ACCGGAGGAGGUUUACGGGCCGGGUUCGGCCUUUUUAGCGGCGGCGGUGGCGGCGGCUCCUCGGUGCCAGAUUAUUCCCAGCCCGACCUUUCCCGUGUCCCCUUAACUGGAAUGAGCCCUUUGUCUCCGUAUCUGAACCUUGAUCCUCGAUAUUUGAUCCAAGACACAGAGGAGUUUAUAUUACCAACUGGAGCUAAUAAGACUCGAGGAAGAUUUGAGCUGGCUUUUUUUACGAUUGGUGGUUGCUGUAUGACUGGUGCUGCUAUUGGUGCAGUAAACGGCCUGCGUCUAGGAUUUAAAGAGACUCGGGAUAUGGCUUGGUCAAAACCCAGAAAUGUUCAAAUCCUGAAUAUGGUCACAAGACAGGGAGCUCUGUGGGCCAACACACUUGGUUCUUUGGCUCUCUUGUACAGCACAUUUGGUGUUGUCAUCGAAAAGGUUCGGGGUGCAGAGGAUGAUCUGAACACAGUAGCAGCAGGAUCCUUGACCGGCCUACUCUAUAAAUCCACAGCUGGACUUCGUGGGGCAGCACGUGGAGGAUUUGCUGGUUUUGUUCUGACUGGACUGUAUGCUGUCUACAACAACUGGGACCACUUAAAGGGUGUGUCAGUUUGGCAUUCCCUAUGAGGCUGCAGUAUGGGAAGAACUAUCAGCAGCGUUUGAGAACUGUGGAUACAGAAAGAACACUGAUGCUCUGAAUAUGACCUGUUAGGCAAAAUCAAUACAGCCCUUUAACUGUGUCCUGUUUUUAUGAAGUUUCAUUUUUUCAAGUUCUGAGGAAUAUGGUUCAACUAUAUGGACAAGCACAGCACAGAAUAAAGAAAUGCUAUUUAUUGUUUGACAAA